AUGAACCCUAGUUCCACUUCUUCCAAUAAUGUUCUAACCCAAGAGGAAACCUCAAAGCUUGAGUCCAUCAUCAAGACCUACCAUGCCUUUCCUUCAUCCCCAAACACAUGCACGUCUUUGCUAACACAACGUGUAAACGUUCCUCUAACCUUCAUAUGGCCAAUCGUACGUGAUUUCAGAAACCCUAACAAGUACAAGCACUUUGUCAAGAGUAGCACAAUGAAGGGAGACGGGGGAGUCGGGAGCGUAAGAGAGGUCGAGAUCAUCUCGGGCUUACCGGCAUCAACGAGCACCGAGAUACUAGAGGUAUUAGACGAUAGUGAACAUGUUUUGAGCUUUAGGGUUGUCGGAGGAGAUCAUAGGCUGGAUAAUUAUCGAGCUGUUACAUCGGUUAACGAGUUUAAAGAAGAUGGAGGGAAGGUUUAUAGUGUUGUUUUGGAGUCCUACACGGUGGAGAUACCCCAAGGGAACACUGAAGAGGAUACUAAGAUGUUUGUGGAUACUGUUGUGAAGCUGAACUUGCAGAAGCUUGCAGAAAUAGCCAUGGCAGCUGCUUCAACAACCCCUACAGGAAAAAAAUAA